UCACACGGUUGGACUAACAUAUAAAGAACAACAACAAUCGUUCGUGUUCUUAUUUUUAUUAUUAUUCCAUUCAUUAAAAUAAGUUCCUAUGAUAUCACAACAAAGAAAAAUUGAACAACAAGAAAGACACAAAACCAAUCUAUCCACUUUCAUUCAACACAUAUCAUCUCAAUGCCUUUAACUUUCUCAUAAAGAAAAUUCACUUCCACUUCACACUUUCAUCUUCUUUCUUUGUGAACCAUCAAGUACAUAAAUUUUGUUCAUAGAAGAAUAACAAGUAUAGGAUCAUUAAUGUCAGAACAAGAAUCUGAUUCAUGGAGUUUCAUGUUGGUCUGUUUUUUGAUCCUUUUCUCAGGUAAACUAGUUGCUGGAGAUUCAUUAGAAACAGAUAAACAUGUACUGUUGAAUUUGAAAUCCUAUUUGGAAAAUCAAACAGUUUCAAAUAGAGGAGAGUAUAUAAGAUGGAACAAGAACAAUUCAAAUCCUUGUGAAUGGUCAGGAAUAUCUUGCAGACAAAUCAAAGGUAAAAAUAAAUGGAGGGUUGUGAGUGUAGAUAUCUCAGCCAGUGAUAUUGCCGGUAAGAUGUUUAAGAAAUUCUCGAAGUUAAGUGAACUCACACAUCUUGAUGUCUCGAGGAACACUCUCUCCGGAGAGAUUCCUGAGGAUGUAAGGAAGUGUAAGAAUCUUGUCUAUCUUAAUUUAUCUCAUAAUAUUCUUGAGGGAGAGAUGAAUUUGACAGGUUUGAGAAAGUUGCAAACAUUGGAUUUGUCGACGAAUAGAAUCAAGGGUGAACUUGAGGUGAAUUUUCCUGAUAAUUGUGAUAGUUUGGUUACUUUGAAUGUUUCGGAUAAUCGGUUUUUUGGUAGGAUUGAUAAGUGUUUUGAUGAGUGUUCAAAGUUGAAGUAUUUGGAUUUGAGUACAAAUAAUCUAAGUGGUGCUUUAUGGAAUGGAAUUUCAAGGUUGAAAAUGUUUUCAAUUUCUGAGAAUUUUCUAAGUGGGAUUGUUCCUUCACAAGCUUUUCCAAUGAAUUGUAGUCUUGAAAAAUUGGAUCUCUCAGUUAAUAAAUUUUUCAGUAAACCUCCUAAGGAAGUUGCAAACUGCAAGAAUUUAGAGAUUCUCAAUCUUUCUAGUAACAAUUUUAGCGGUGAAAUACCUCGUGAAAUUGGUUCAAUUACUCUUCUCAAAUCAUUGUUCUUGCAGAAUAACACCUUCUCAAGAGAUAUUCCAAAUACCCUUUUGAAUUUGACCAAUUUGUUUAUCUUGGAUAUAAGCAGAAACAAAUUUGGUGGUGAGAUACAAGAGAUUUUUGGGAAAUUCAAGCAAUUGAAGUUUCUUUUGUUGCACACAAAUUUUUAUGUUAAAGGAUUGAAUACAUCUGGAAUUUUCACAUUGACCAAUCUUACAAGACUAGAAUUAAGCAACAACAACUUUUCAGGUCCGUUGCCGGCUGAAAUUUCUCGAAUGUCUGGUCUCAUUUUCUUAACAUUAAGCAACAACAAUUUUAAUGGAACUAUUCCAUCUGAAUUAGGAAAGUUGAGUAAAUUGCAAGCACUGGAACUUUCUUCCAAUAGUUUCACUGGACAAAUUCCACCAAGCCUAGGAAAUUUGAAGUCUCUCUUGUGGUUAAUGCUUGCAAACAAUUCGUUAACAGGUGAAAUUCCGCCCAAGUUAGGAAACUGUUCGAGUUUGUUAUGGUUGAACCUUGCAAAUAACAAACUCACUGGAAAAUUUCCUUCUGAGUUAACCAAAAUCGGAAGAAAUGCUAUGGAAACAUUUGAGUCAAAUCAUAAGAACAUGGUUGGAGUUGUUGCCGGAAAUAGCGAAUGCUUAUCGAUGAGAAGAUGGAUACCUGCUGAUUACCCUCCAUUCAGUUUUGUAUAUAGUAUCCUAACCAGGAAAAAUUGUCGAUCCCUUUGGGAUAGAUUGCUCAAAGGAUAUGGAAUUUUUCCUAUGUGUGCAUCUGAACCUUCUACCAGAUCAUCUCAUAAAUUUGGUUAUGUUCAACUAAGUGGUAACCAAAUUAGUGGUGAAAUUCCUUCAGAAAUUGGAACCAUGUUAAAUUUCAGUAUGUUACAUUUAGGCGACAACAAAUUCAGCGGCGAAUUCCCUCCUGAGAUUGGUGGCUUACCACUUAUAGUGUUGAAUAUGACUAGAAACAAGUUUUCAGGUGAAAUUCCUAGGGAAAUUGGUAACAUGAAGUGUAUGCAGAAUCUUGAUUUGUCUUGGAACAAUUUCUCAGGUACAUUUCCGACAAGUUUGAUUAAUUUGGAUGAGCUUAGCAGGUUCAACAUCUCAUAUAAUCCUUUGUUAUCUGGUACUGUACCGUUGUCUGGACAUUUACUUACUUUCGACAAAGAUUCAUACUUAGGUGAUACCCUCUUAGAUUUUCCAAAGUUCUUUGAUAACACUUUAGAUGGAAAAAACAAAACCCUUCACAUAAAAAUGAAAAAAAACACAAAAUGGUAUCUCUGUGUUGCUCUAACCCUAGCUAGUUUGGUUUCUGGACUUCUUUUUCUAAUCGUUUAUUUCUUGGUGAAAAGUCCAUCUUUGGAACAAGGAAAGUUUCUGAAGAAUAAAAACCGAAAUCAUGAUGAUUUAGUUAGCUAUGGAUCUUCACAAUGGUCAUCUGAUUCCUUCAAGAUAAUCCACUUGAACAAUAUAGUUUUCACACAUGCCGACAUCUUGGAAGCAACAAACAACUUCAAAGAGGAAAGAAUCAUAGGAAAAGGCGGUUUCGGAACGGUCUACAAAGGAGUUUUUCCAGAUGGAAGAGAAGUGGCAGUCAAGAAGCUACAAAGGGAAGGAAUCGAAGGCGAAAAAGAAUUCAAAGCCGAAAUGAAAGUCCUUAGUGGUCAAGAAUUUGGUUGGCCUCAUCCAAAUCUUGUCACACUCUAUGGUUGGUGUCUAUAUGGUUCACAAAAGUUACUAGUAUACGAGUACAUAGGAGGUGGAAGUUUAGAAGAACUAGUAACCGAUACAAAAAAUUUAACCUAUAAAAGGCGCUUAGAAGUCGCGAUCGACGUGGCUAAAGCAUUGGUUUAUCUACACCAUGAAUGUUACCCUCCAAUAGUUCAUAGGGAUGUGAAGGCUAGUAAUGUGUUGCUUGACAAAGAAGGUAAAGCAAAGGUAACUGAUUUCGGACUUGCUAGAAUCGUCGAUAUUGGAGAUAGUCAUGUGAGCACAAUCGUAGCCGGAACUGUUGGUUAUGUUGCACCUGAAUAUGGACAAACAUGGCAUGCUACAACAAAAGGUGAUGUUUAUAGUUUUGGUGUGUUGAUUAUGGAGUUGGCAACUGGGAGAAGAGCUGUGGAUGGAGGUGAUGAAUGUUUGGUUGAAUGUGUUAGGCGUGUCAUUGGUAGUGGUAAAAAUGGAUUGAGUAAUUUUGGGGUAGUUGGUGGUGAAAAGGAGAUGUUUGAGUUGCUUCAAGUUGGAGUAAAGUGCACAAAUGAUUUACCACAAAAUAGGCCUAACAUGAAAGAGGUUCUAGCCAUGUUGGUCAAGAUAUUCAAUCUUUAUAGAAAUUCAAAUUAUUGACACCUUGUUUAGUUUGUGUUUCAAAUACGUUGUUUAGUGUUUUUGUUUAUAGAAGAAUGUUGAUAUCAUAGUGUAAGUUGCAAUACAGUAUAUAUACAUAUAACAAAAAUGACAUGCACAAUUGAAUUGAUUUUUCCUUGUGUAUAUUGAAGAAGUUGCUCAA